AUGGCGGUAAACGGUGUCCACACAUCGCCAUCGUACAUUCUAGGCAUAGAUCUUGGUACGACAUCGGUGAAAGCCGCUUUAAUCGAUCGUGAUACCAAAGAAGUCGUGAGUUCGGUGUCGAGAGAAACGUGUGCGGGAGUUUGUAGCGAUCUCGGAAUACUCGGCAACGAACAGGACCCGAGUAAAAUAAUCCGUGCCUGCUCAAUGUGUGUUUCCGGACUUCCAAAACACAGCCUGAUUAAAGUCUCUAGCAUCGGUGUUUCGGGUCAGAUGCACGGCUGUCUAUUGUGGAAAAGUGGAGAGGGCUGGGCGCGGAGGGGCACCGGUCGUUUGGACGUCGGCAAGUGUAGUCAGUUGAUCACUUGGCAGGACCAGCGGUGCACCAGCGAUUUCCUGCGAUCACUGCCGGCCCCGAAGUCCCAUUUACGACUGUCGACCGGGCAUGGAUGUGCCACUCUCUUCUGGAUGAAAAGAAACAAACCCGAUCUACUGGACUCCUAUGACUGUGCCGGGACUAUUCAGGACUUUCUAGUGGCCAUGCUGUGCGGUCUGGAGAAGCCGGUAAUGUCGGUUCAGAAUGCCGCCAGCUGGGGAUAUUACGACACCGUCAAUAAAGUAUGGAACUCAGGAAUACUUUCAGAAGCUGGUUUUCCAGUAAAGCUCCUCCCGGAAGUCAAGACUCCUGGUAGUAAUGCCGGGAAUUUAGAAUAUAAUUGGUAUGGAAUCCCACAGGGGGUACCUGUCGGAAUAGCUCUUGGCGAUAUGCAGUGUUCCAUUCUACCGAGCCUGCAGAGCGAGACGGAUGCAGUUCUCAACAUCAGUACUUCUGCACAGUUGUCGUUUGCUAUGUCAAAGAAAUUCAUUCCUCCGCUAACAUCUGAAUCUGGCACUGCAGUUGAGUACUUCCCGUACUUUCACGAUUGCUACUUAGCUGUGGCUGCUGCCCUCACAGGCGGGAAUGUUCUCGCCACCAUGGUGAAAAUGUUACAACAGUGGACACAUGAACUUGGGCACGGAAUCCCCCAGCAGGACAUCUACAACAAAAUAUUAUCCGCCGCUCAAGAAAUCAACGACUGUGACUUGGUGGUCUCACCCACAAUAUUCGGGGAGCGACACAUACCAAAUCAACGUGCAUCAGUUAUGAACAUCACAGCUGAAAACCUCACUCUGGGUCAUCUCGGUCGUGCCGUGUGCCGCGGCAUUAUCACUAACCUUUACGAGAUGAUGCCCCGAGAGUUACUCGUCGAAUCUGGUGUCCAGCAAAUAAUUGGAUGUGGAAGUGCCUUGACUCGAAAUAAGAUAUUACAGACAGAGAUUGAAAACCUCUGGAAAUUGCCGGUUGUCUACUGUCAAGGCGGGGAUGCGGCAGUCGGUGCAGCCCUGUCACAAACUAUAGAAUAUAAUGUCUGAGUAAUUUUUCGUUUAUUACAUUUUUGUGGAAACCAUCACAUGCUGAUCCAAAGUAUAGGCAUUUUAAAUGUCAGAACAGACAGGAUGUAAGGGUACAUGAAUAGGGGCUUGCAAAUCCUUUUAA